AAUCUUGGUUGAGUAAUCAACGUCUCGGAGGGCUGACGAACACUACAGGACCUUGGCCGAAGUGCACUGUGCCAGUACCUUUACCUCUCGUGGACCGACCUGUACCUCUGCAACUCAUUAUCAGUAUAUCUGUUUAUUACUAGUGGUACGAUGGCUGCAGCUUUCUUGAGGUGGGGCAAGGUGUUACCCCUCACCAACACCGCUUUUAGAGGUGUGGGUGGCGGUGGCAGAAGUUUGGGUGUGAGCGGUGAGAGGACUACCAGCAGAGGGGCAAUAGGAGUGCCUCAUCAGAAUACCGUUAGGGAUCAGGCGUCUUCGUCGUCGUCGGUCGAGUCACUGCCAGGGGAGGCGGACGUGGUUGUGGUGGGGGGAGGAGUGGCUGGGUGUAGCGUCCUCUACCACCUUGCCAAGCUUGGCCUCACCAACACUAUCCUUCUCGAGGCUCAUCAGCUCACUGCAGGGACCACUUGGCACACAGCUGGACUCUUUUACCGUCUAUCGAGUAAUGAGGUGGACUGCAUGCUGCAUGGCUCAACUAUGAGGAUCUGUCUGUCCCUGGAGGAGGAAACCGGCGUCAACCCCGGCUGGAUCAACAACGGCUCCCUCUUCCUCACCUCCAGGAAGGAAGAUCAACCCCGGGAGCGUCAGCAGAGCCUCGAGCAGAUGAUGAGCUUGAGUAAGGUGUUCGGGGUGGAGAGUCAUUUGCUAAACCCCGCCCAGAUCAAGGAUUUGCACCCGCUGUUGAACGUCAACGACCUGCAAAGUGCCGUGUACACUCCCACUGAUGGUUCAAUGGAUCCAGCUGGCAUUUGCCUGGCGUUGACGCGGGCGGCGAGAUGGGCAGGGGCUCGGGUGGUCGAAGGAUGCCGGGUCACCGACAUCACUACAGCAGAGACGACGCUGGGGGGCAGAAAGGUGACUGAGGUACACACAACCAGAGGCGUCAUCAAGACAAAUGUUGUCGUCAACGCUGCAGGAGGAUGGAGCAAUGAUAUCGCAAACAUGGUGGGGUUACAGGUGCCCCUCCAGAUCUACAGGCACGGCUACCUGGUCACAGAUAGCAUCCCAGGCUUCAAGGUUGUCCCCAACGUCCGUAACUAUUCCGGCUCCAGCUACCUAAAGCCUCAGGGAGAAGGAUUUACCGUUGGGGUGUUCGAGGUUAACCCCGUCCCCAUUGACAAGCUAAGUCCGGACUUUUCCUUCGGGCUGUACGAGCCGAACUGGGAUAUAUUCGGGGAUAUGAUGCAGACAGCAGCGAUCAUUAUGCCCGCCCUGGAGACGGUGGGCGUUAAGUCCACCAUCUACGGCCCAGAGUCCUUCACCCCUGACGGCAAGGCUAUCGUGGGAGAUGACCCCAAUAUAGAAGGUUUCUUCCACUGCUGCGGGUUCAACAGCCGCGGCAUGCAGCUGAGUGGUGGUUGUGGGGAGCAGAUAGCCAAGUGGGUGGUGGAGGGGCGGCCUGAGAUACCGAUGUUCAUCUACGACAUCAGGCGGUUCCACCCACUUCUCUGCUCCAACAGGGCGUGGAUACUGGCCCGCACUCACGAGAAACUGCUCAGUCACUAUAACAUCAUCUUCCCCCACGACGAGCCUCUGGCCGGUCGAAGGCAGAGGUGCUCCCCGUUGCACCAGGUGCUGGAGGACGCUGGAGCGGUGUACCAGGAGAAGCAGGGGUGGGAACGUCCCGGGUGGUUCGGCACGUCGCCAGCCCCCGUGCAGGAAUACGACUGGUAUGGCGCUUACGGUAACCCCAUCUGUAGAGACCUGAGGUACUACAACAGUCUCAAGGGCGGGUACACUUUUGGUUUCCCCAAAUAUCACGACCUGAUCCAGAGGGAGUGUCUAGCUGCUCGUGAAGGGGCAGCCGUGUUCGACAUGUCCUCCUUCGGCAAGUAUUACCUAACUGGUCGCGACGCCCAGAAGGUGGCUGAUUGGGUCUUUUCUGCUGAUGUGACUCGAGCCCUGGGUACUACCGUCUAUACCUGCAUGUUGAACCACAGAGGAGGCAUCGAGGCGGACCUGACCGUGAGCGUGUGUGAAGGCGGUGAGGGGACAGCUUGUGAUCCAGCUUUUCAAGGUCGUGGGUUCUACCUCACGACGGGAGGCUCCACGGGGAUGUAUAACAUGAGUCACAUCCUGAAGGAGGCGAGGACCCACCAGUGGGACAUACAGCUGCUGGAACACACUGAGGACUUGGCCAUUUUAUCAGUUCAGGGUCCCAAGAGCAGAUGUAUCCUGCAGGACCUCACGGACGAGGACCUGAGUAAUGAGGCCUUCCCUUACACCACCCACAAGGUCAUCACUCUCGCAGGACACAAACUUCGCGCCCUCAGAAUCUCUUUUGUUGGAGAAAUGGGUUGGGAGCUCCACGUCCCCAGCGCCUCAGCCCUGGCGGUGUACAAAGCUGUGAUGGCUGCCGGGGAGCCCUUGGGUGUGGCCAACGCCGGGUUCCUUGCUCUCGACUCUCUGUCCUGCGAGAAAGGCUACAGACACUGGAAUCACGAGAUCCGUCCAGACGAUACCCCAUUAGAGGCAGGACUCACCUUCACUUGUAAGCUAAACUCAAGCACGAAAUUCCUGGGACGCGAGGCUGUGGAGGCUCAGAUAAAGAAGGGCUUCUCCAAGAAGCUGGUAACCUUCACGCUGGAUGACCCCUCACUACCUCUCUGGGGUCAUGAAGGCAUCUGGAGGGACGAUGAGUUGGUGGGUCAUAUCCGUCGGGCUGAGUACGCCUUCACUCUCGGUCGAGCUGUCUGUUAUGGCUAUGUCGAAAGACUUGACGGAGGACAAGUAACUACCGAGUACCUAAAAACUGGAACCUGGCAGCUGGAGGCCAUGUUGAAGCGUCAUGACGUCACGAUUCACCUCCGACCUCCGUUUGAUCCCAAGAACCUGCGAGUGAAGGGGGUGUAUAAGGUUCCCCAGUGGCCCACCUCAACAUCUCUCGUUAAUUAAAAUAAAGGAAAGAAAAAAAAUGAACCACAGACUGAAGAACACAGGAAACAGAAGAGUAUUAUUAGCGAGAGAGACAGAAGCAUCCUGAAUUUAACUUGGUGCAGAAGAUAACGUGAACACUGAACUGGGACCGUCACUCAAAAGCUGGUGCCGUCAAUCAGGGCAUGAUGCCGGCACUCAGAGCCUGGUGCUAUCACUCAGAGCCUGGCGUCGUCACUCAGAGCCUGGUGUCCGCACCUCAGAGCCUGGUGUCCGCACCUCAGAGCCUGGUGCUGACACUCAUCACGUUGUCGUACUGUGGUAAUAUUUAGUAAUACAAGCUUCUAUAAUAUUAAAGUUAUUAAGUUUU